AUGGGGAAUCCAAAUCUCGCCAGCAGCCAAACCGAAGAAAAGCAAUCUAUUCCACCUCCGUACUCUCCGCCUGACCCUACACCAGCCAAUCAAGCAAACAUAUCAACCAGUGCAUCUCGCAAUGGGUCUAUCCGACCUGGGGACACAGUUGCCGCGGAUGAAUGCAUCAUCCAUCUAAAACUUCUGUCUACGAUUGCCAAUCUCCGGAAGUUCAUCAAAGGAACCGACAGGCUCUUCGGAAUACACGACAGCGAAGCCAAGAACUUUUCCGAUCCCCGCAAACAAUCUCAAGCGGUGACUCGCCUCGAGGAAAAGCGAUGGGCUGUCUAUGUGGCUCGCGCCGUCGACCGAUUUACCGUUUGGUGGCAGACUUGUCUGCCGAAUCUCGAUACUCGCAAUAUUUCGUCGCUGAGUAAGUCGGAGGCUAAGAUAGCAUGGCCUGCAAGCAUGAUGCCUCCGCUUGAUGUCCUCAUGGUCUGGCACGCGUACAUGCUGAACCCACGAGCCUUUCUCGAAGAUUGUCUCCGUCAGUCAAAGAUGAGCGUCUGGGCCACAGGGAUGCCCUGGGAAGCUGUAAAUGCUUCCAUCGAUGACGAGACGUUCGACUUCUACCCAGGCAAAGAAUCAAAGAUCAAUUUCGAGACUCAAACCGGUCUCCACUGGAAUAAUCUUGCAGACAGCCCGACAAAAUCUUUACUGUGCUCGAAUUGCAAGCAUGAAAUCUCCAUCAUCUGGACAGAAGGAGGAUUAGGGUGUGAUCCAGAUGUCGCAUUCGCACAUUGCACUGGAUACGCCGACAAAUCUCUGCGAUAUACAUGCCCAACAUGCAAAUUCAGGACGACACAUGAUACCCUUUGCAUCCAAAAGUUCCGCAAUGACUUGCAGAAACUCUUGAAGGAUGAUACGCCUAUGCCCGGCACGCUUCUAUCUGCAACUGGGACGGCAAUCGGUGAUGAGGACGAGAGAGAUUACGGUGUCUCCUUCCCGAAUCGACUGAUCAAGGAUGGAAUCAGAAGCGAGCUUUUACAGGCGACGGAUCUCACUCAGCAUGAAAGUACAAUUCUCGAAAACAUCCGAGACCGACUUGAGGGCCAUUUGAAGGAUAGAUCAUUAAUUCGCCGCGUGAACAAGUCGACGCUGGUUCCGCGCAAUUCGAAUAAUUCGGAAAGAAUAUCUCUUCGCAACAUGCUGUCUCGAUAUUGGGAGAAUCCUUCCCCCUUCGCUAUCAACCUGAUUGGAGCCGUGAUUCGCCAGGGAACAUUUUUGGAGAAAAUGGAUCAGAUCGGCUGGAUCAGGUUAUCCACCGUGAGGUCGACUAUGGACCACUUCAUUAAGAAGUAUGGCGUCUUUUUCCAAAUCAUAUCCAAAAACAAAGGACACGCAGUUGUCCCUACCCUCGACGUCGACCUGAUAUGGCACACACAUCAGCUUUCACCGGCUCGUUACUACUCAUUCUCUACGACACUAACAGAAGGCAUAUUCAUCAAUCACGACGACAAAGUCGACGAGUACAAACUCAACGACGCAUUCGCGUGGACCUCAAAACAGUACCAGAAACUUACAGGUGGCCAAGUCUACUCUGAAUGCAUCUGCUGGUACUGUUCUGCAGUACGCGAGGCCCAUACCGAGGGACUCUCUCGGCUGAUGUCUUCGAGUGCAAGUCAAGCAAAAGCCAACGCGGCUCUUCUUCAUGAGAAGGCCGGGAACAACACGCCGCAUAUUUCUUCGCAUAAUGCAGUUCGCAUCCAAGCGCAGAUCGAUCCCAAGGUGAUCGAGGCUCAGAAUGCAAAGUUGAAAUCAAACUGGGAGAAGGCGCAGAAGAGGUCACGUCAUUCCGGUAAUGAUGGUGAUAUGACUGGGAAGCCUUAUACGAGGGACUCGAAUAUUCACCCUGAGAGUUAUCCCUGCAACCCAGUUUGUGUGUCUACCACUUCAGGGGCAGUGGGUGACUGUAUUAGUGGGACGUAUGGUGCUGGAAUUGAGCAGGGUGCUUGUUUGAGUGGGCCUGUGGCGGCUCAAACUCGGGGGAGAGGGAAAAGUUUCUGUGCUGGUAUUGCAGGUUGCGGGAUGAAUCUCUAG